ACACAAUAUAUUUAUAUGUGAAUUGAUUGAUGAAUUGAAAAUAUCUAGUGUGUGCUGACGUCGUCUAUUCAUGGUUUCCGCACCAAUCACCAUAUAAGAUCGCUUCCCAAACUUACCUCGUUUUUCCUUUUUUUCUUCUUCUCCGAUCUGGGUUUGUCAUCGUCAAUUAAUCUAUAUUUUUAAGAUCAAAAUCCAUGGCUGCUCCACCUGCUAGGGCUAGAGCUGAUUAUGAUUACCUCAUUAAACUUCUUUUGAUCGGUGAUAGCGGUGUGGGUAAGAGUUGCCUUCUGUUGCGUUUCUCUGAUGGAUCAUUCACUACAAGUUUCAUAACAACCAUUGGGAUUGACUUCAAGAUACGAACGAUAGAACUUGAUGGAAAGCGGAUCAAACUUCAAAUUUGGGAUACAGCUGGUCAAGAACGCUUCAGAACAAUUACAACUGCUUAUUAUCGUGGAGCCAUGGGUAUUUUGCUGGUGUAUGAUGUUACUGAUGAAUCAUCUUUUAAUAAUAUAAGGAACUGGAUCCGCAAUAUUGAACAGCAUGCAUCAGACAAUGUCAACAAGAUUUUGGUUGGUAACAAGGCAGACAUGGACGAGAGUAAACGGGCUGUUCCCACUUCGAAGGGUCAAGCUCUUGCUGAUGAGUAUGGAAUCAAAUUCUUUGAAACAAGUGCUAAGACGAACUUGAAUGUGGAGGAAGUCUUCUUUUCAAUUGCAAGGGAUAUCAAACAGAGACUCGCUGAAACUGACUCCAAGUCCGAGACUCCUGGAGGAGGUCUCAAGAUCAGUGCUGCAGACCCAGGUGCACCUGCUCCUGCUGCUACCAAAUCAGCUUGCUGUGGCUCUUAAGAUAAUUAGAAGAGUUUUGUCACUGGAUUGCAGGGGCAUCCGCAGGCAGAAUUUUCCCGGACAACUUAAUUCUGAUGCUGUGUUACGGCCUUACGGGUGCUUGUAGCUCUUUUAAUCUUUAAUUUCUGCUAUAAUCUCUGUUGAUUGGUAGUUUAUUUGUCUGUGAAAUUUAUAUUGAUUUCUUCAUCGAUUUGCUUUUCUCCAUCCUUUAAACCUCACUGACUCGUCUUAAACUGUUUUGGUAACUAGUGAUCGGUCCUGGGAAUCCUUUUCGUAUUUAUGGAUCCAAUCAAGCCUUGUUCUUGUAAAUUUACGAUUCUUUAACUGCUAGUUAACUCUGAAUACUGAUGUUUCUGGUUUA